AGCCGGGCGCGGGCGAGGCGGCGGCAGCGGCGGCGAUGGCAGGGAAAGAGUUGGAGCGAUGCCAGCGGCAGGCUGAAGAGGUGACAGAAAUCAUGCUCAACAACUUCGACAAGGUCCUGGAGCGUGACGGGAAGCUGGCGGAGCUGGAGCAGCGGUCGGACCAACUGCUGGACAUGAGCUCUGCCUUCAGCAAGACAACCAAGACCUUGGCCCAGAAGAAGCGCUGGGAGAAUGCCCGAUGCCGGAUCUACCUGGGGCUGGCCGUGGCCCUCAGCCUGCUCGUCAUCCUCAUUGUACUGCUGGCUGUCUUUCUCCCACAGAGCAGUAGUGCCCCACAAACCCAGGAAGAAGACCGAGUCUCAGGAUCUGGGGAAUGACCUAGCUGGGCCUGCGAGAGAGGCUGAAAGAGCUGCACAUGCUGGCUCUGGUCUCCAGAGAACCUAGGUGUUUUCACUCCUGUCUGAGCCACUUCCAUGAGUGCCAAAGGAUGUGCAUCUUUGCAUCUCCCACCAAGCCACAGACUGGUCCUCAGGGGCAGCCUUCUGCACUGGCUGUGCCAUGCCAGCCCCACCUGGAGCUUAGUAAAAGCUGCUGUUUGAUUCAAA